AUGGCUACGGAAGGAAAUUCAGUUUUGGUGUUGGGCGAAACUAGCGCAAAGAGUGCGCCUACAUUUGCUAGUGGUGAUAGACAGGAUCCUGUUCAGUUUUUGGAGGACUUUAAUGAAGCGGCUUCUUGGAAUAACUGGGUGUCCACGGACAGAAGAAAGGAAUUAUUCUUCAGGUGUCUUACCCACUAUGCGAGAGAAUGGUUCUUGAACACUUUCGAAAGGGGAUCGGAAGAAUACAAGAAGAUGAAAUUCGAUGAUGGUACUAGUGCUUGUCUGGUCAAGCAAUUUUCGGCAAAGUUCAUUACUGCAGAAUGGUUCGAGAAGUACGAAGAAGCGUACGAAGACCGUGUUCAACUUAAGUCCGAAUCUCCUUGGGAAUUCAUGAAUAUCAAGCGUGCGUUACUCAGAAAGUUGGAUCCAGUGGAACUCGCUAGUCGUACUGAAAAGCAAACGGUGAAGGAGAUCAGAAAGGGUCUAUUGCCUGAAGUCAAGAAGUUCUGUGACUAUAUGGAGAAGAAUCCAUACAACAAUCUGGACAAGACCAAGGUUAAUACCUUCGAAGGGUUGGAAUCUCUAUUGCGUUGGGCAGAACAAUGUCACAACAACACGGGCAUGGUUACAGGUCUCACCAAGGAGGUUAUUAAGGUACAAGAGCCUCAACAGGUGAAUGCUAUCUUGAAACGAAAUAAUGGCGAUUAUGGUGGGUCAAGAGCUCCUCGUGGUUACACGGAAAAG